AUGGCGAUAUCAUCCGACUACGCGGAAGGCAAAGACGAGUCGUCGUCGACGGCAGCUAGGCCUCUCCUCGCCGACAACGAGUCGUCCGGCCCUGAGGUGUCGUCGGUUCCGAGGCGGAGAGUCUGGAGCGCGACGCGAUGGACAAUCGUACUCGCUCUCUCCGUCGUAUGUAGCAACGCGAUUAGUAUACUCACGACGUACCGACCCGUCCACCGCUCGAGCGGCGGCUGCGACGCCUGUAGCCAGAGCGUAGCGGAGCCCCCGAUAGGGGCGGCACCGAUCCUGCGCGGUCUUCCGCCCGAGGCCCAGCCCACGUGGAUUAGCACGCCAUUCUACGACCGCGAGCACAGUAUCUACCGGGGGCACGAGUCGCCCGAGACAGAGGCCGCCUGGCCGGAGCUGACGCAAAUCCACGCGGGCCUGGUCCUGGUGCCGAAGGAGGAGACCUCAGCCUCGGAUAUCGACCCGACGAAGCAUGCGUACUUUGACAACGCGGAGAAGGGCCUCGUCGGGUACCUGGUGAUCCUGGAAGCGACACACCAACUGCACUGCCUGCCGGUGCGGCGCUUCGUCCGCGACCGCGCCGUGCCGCGCCCCGCGGGCGGCGAAGUCGGCCCGCGUCCCAGCGACUACGCCGUCGAUGACUACAUCUGA